AUGGAGCCCAGUGCCCUGCUCCUCCUCACUCUCCUCAUGGGCUUUUUGCUGCUCCUUGUCAGGGGCCACACAAAGGCCCGUGGUCAACUCCCACCUGGACCCCAUCCCCUGCCCCUCUUGGGGAACCUCCUGCAGAUGGACAGAAAAGGCCUCCUCAACUCCUUCAUUCAGCUUCGAGAAAAAUAUGGAGAUGUGUUCACAGUGCACCUGGGACCGAGGCCUGUGGUCAUGCUGUGUGGGACAGAGGCCAUAAGGGAGGCUCUGCUGGACCAAGCUGAGGCUUUCUCUGGCCGGGGGACAAUUGCUGUGUUUGAGCCAAUUGUACAGGGAUAUGGAUUGAUCUUUGCCAAUGGGGAACGCUGGAAGACCCUGAGGCGAUUCUCUCUGGCCACCAUGAAGGAUUUGGGAAUGGGGAAGCGGACUGUGGAGGAGCGGAUAAAGGAGGAGGCCCAAUGUCUGGUGGAGAAGCUGCAGAAAUCCCAGGGAGCCCCCAUGGACCCCACCUUCCUCUUCCAGUGCAUCACAGCCAACAUCAUCUGCUCCAUUGUCUUUGGAGAGCGCUUUGACUACAAAGACUGCCAGUUCCUUCACCUGCUGGACCUGUUCUUUCAGACUGUCUCACUCAUCAGCACAUUCUCCAGCCAGAUGUUUGAACUCUUCUCUGGCUUCCUGAAGUACUUUCCUGGUGCCCACAAGCAAAUCUUCAAAAACCUGCAGGAAAUCCUCAACUACAUUGGUGAGAGUGUGGAGCAGCACAGGGCAACCUUGGACCCCAGCAAUCCAAGGGACUUCAUCGAUACCUACCUUCUACGCAUGGAGAAGGAGAAGACCAACCCCCACACGGAGUUCCAUCACCAGAACCUCAUGAUCUCUGUGCUGUCUCUCCUCUUUGCUGGCACUGAGACCAGCAGCACCACUCUCUGCAAUGGCUUCCUGCUCAUGCUCAAAUACCCCCAUGUUGCAGAGAAAGUCCAAAAGGAGAUUGAUCAGGUGAUUGGAUCACAUCGACCCCCAACCCUUGAUGACCGCAUGAAAAUGCCUUACACUGAGGCUGUCAUCCAUGAGAUUCAGAGAUUUUCAGAUCUUAUCCCGAUUGGUCUGCCACACAGGGUCACCAAAGACACAUUGUUCCGAGGGUACCUGCUUCCCAAGAACACUGAAGUGUACCCCAUCCUGAGUUCAGCUCUCCAUGACCCACGGUACUUUAAACAACCAGACACCUUCAAUCCUGACCACUUCCUGGAUGCCAAUGGGGCUCUGAAGAAAAAUGAAGCUUUCAUGCCCUUCUCUAUAGGAAAGCGUAUUUGUCUUGGCGAAAGCAUUGCCCGAAAUGAGUUGUUCCUUUUCUUUACCACCAUCCUCCAGAACUUCUCUGUGUCCAGUCCUGUGGCUCCUGAGGAUAUUGACCUCACUCCCAAGAACAGUGGUGUAAGCAAAAUACCCCCUACAUACCAGAUUCACUUCCUGCCCCGUUGAAUGAGCUGAGGAACGAGUGUCAAUGGAUUUCAGUGUCCCCACUUCUGUCCAUCUGUGGCAUCAUGUUCUCCCCUGGGAAUGGAAUUGAAAAAAAAAAAUAGUCAAGUGCCUGCCUUGAAGUAUGAACAGAGAGACUCCUGGAGGCCACAGCUAAUUCUGUGUCACUUUUCUCAUGCUUUUAGCAGCUACAGUCCCAACUUAUCCACACCCUGUGCUCCUUGAUCUGUGCUAAUAGAUAAUAGACUGCUUAUUGUCUCUCUUGAGUCAUCUCCAUCCUAUUCCUGUGUGUUUAGGGUCACGAUCCCCUUUACUGAUGAGUGACAGAGGUCACACACACCAUCACACUGCAAGUGAGCAGGGGAGCAAGACUGCACUGGGAGUCCAGAGCAAACUCUUUGCUAUGGCAACUCUCAGCCCUCGUGUGUGUUUAAAUUGAGAUGAAAUUUAUACACCAAAACUAACUAAUUUUUUUAGUUUAGUAUUUCAAGACAGAGUCUUAUGUAGCUCAGACCAGCCUCAAAAUUUAUAUGUGUUCAAAGAUGACUUGAACUCUUGGACCCACUUUCCUUCAUUACCCAAAUACUGGCAUUAUAGGUACGUGGACCUACAUCCAGAUUUUAAAAUGA